UAAAUCAGCUGUCCAAAACCAUUUGUUGUAGGUGGCAGCACCGCAUCACGUGAAUUUUCAUGGCGCUGAAGGGCUAGACCCGAAUUGUCUUGUGAUUUCGCCAAAUUAUUUGCUGUUUCUUGUAAUUAUUAUCAAACAGCAUUAAUAUUUAAGAUAAAGUGCGGAUAAUGUCGGAAUACUGGCUGAUCAGCGCCCCUGGCGACAAGACCUGCCAGCAGACGUGGGACACUCUGAAUGAGGCCACCAAGCCGGGAAACCUAAGCGUCAACUAUAAAUUCCCUAUCCCUGACCUUAAGGUGGGGACUUUGGAUCAGUUGGUGGGUUUAUCCGAUGAUCUUGGUAAACUAGAUGGCUACGUGGAGAGUGUCACCAGAAAGGUGGCCCAGUACCUCGGUGAGGUACUUGAAGAUCAGCGUGAUAAGCUACAUGAAAACCUCACUGCUAAUAACAGUGACCUGCCCACGUACAUAACCCGUUUCCAAUGGGACAUGGCCAAGUAUCCCAUUAAGCAGAGUCUGCGUAACAUCGCGGACAUUAUCAGUAAACAGCUGGGACAAAUUGACGCUGAUUUGAAGGUGAAAUCCGCGGCCUACAAUGCUCUCAAGGGCAACCUGCAAAACUUGGAGAAGAAACAGACCGGCAGCCUCCUGACCCGCAACCUGGCCGACCUCGUGAAGAAGGAGCACUUCAUUCUGGACAGCGAAUACCUGACCACGCUGCUGGUCAUCGUGCCCAAGUCGUCAUUCAACGACUGGAACGCCAACUACGAGAAGAUAACGGAUAUGAUAGUGCCUCGCUCCUCGCAACUCAUACACCAAGACGCCGAUUACGGCUUGUUCAGCGUUACUCUAUUCAAGAAGGUGGUGGACGAAUUCAAGCUUCACGCGCGCGAACGGAAAUUCGUUGUCCGCGACUUCUCCUACAACGAGGCGGACUUGACCGCCGGCAAGAAUGAGAUCACCAAACUUGUUACCGACAAGAAGAAGCAGUUUGGUCCUCUGGUAAGAUGGCUUAAGGUGAACUUCUCCGAAUGUUUCUGCGCUUGGAUACACGUGAAGGCGCUAAGGGUUUUCGUCGAAUCGGUGCUGAGAUACGGUCUCCCGGUGAACUUCCUGGCCGUGGUGAUGGUGCCGGCGCGCAAGAGCACGAAGAAGCUGCGCGACACGCUGCACGCGCUCUACGCGCACCUCGACCACUCCGCGCACGCCGCCGCCACGCCCGCCGACAAUGCCGAGUUGGCCGGCCUAGGUUUCAGCUCAUCUGAAUACUAUCCGUACGUGUUCUACAAGAUCAACAUUGACAUGAUAGAAAAGUCUAACAACUAACUUCACAGCCAUACCAAUGUUUAUUAGGUGUUGUUACCAGUCGCCGCCCUAACGCCUCGAAGGCGUCCGGCCGCCAGUUAGUCGCAACUUGAUUGUACAAUUAAUUUCGUUCACAUAUCUCCGGAACUAUAACACAAAGUGUAUAAUAAACCUUUAAAAACCCCAUGUAUAAAAAAAAAGAAUCAUAUUUUUCUAUUGCAAACUUUUUAAUUUUAUUUACAAACUUUUUUUUUUUUGACGUUUAAAAUCAAUUUUAUUCCCCUUUCGUGUGUGUUUUAUUGAUGCAGGUUGUAGGAUUGUGUCCUUUAUUUAUAUUAUAUAAUGUUAUUUAUUGUUAAGAUUCCAUUGGUAUAUUGAAACUGCAAUAAUUUGGCGAAAUAGGCUGAGGUUCAAGAUUGUUAAAACUAAUUCCACUGAACUAUACAUAAAUGUGUUACCAAAUAUUUGGAUUUCAAGCUACCAAAUAUUUGAUGUGGAAAAAUUUGAAUUUAGCUGUUAAUAAAUAUGUUAUCUUUCUCUUUACGUAUGGUUCUUAAAUGGAGAUAUAUUUUCGAGGUUCAAAACAGCUCUAGUGGUUAAUAAGUUUUAAGUUUCUUGCGCUUAAUAUAUUUUUAUGACAGACAGGCAUGUCAAACGCAACGACUAUGUUCAGUAUUAUUAGUUGCGUGGACAGUUAGAUUAGUAUGAAUGUAUAAAAGUUCAAUAAAUGAAAUAAUUAUAUAACUAUUGGAGUUACGCAAAAGCUAUGUAAAUAAGAACAUUCCUCAUUCUCGAGUAGUACAUAAAUAAAAAUAUUAUUCAAGUUACUGUU